GUGCUUUCUGGGAGGUGUAGUUUUUUUCGCUACAGACAGCCCGCGAGCGCCGGCGGGGCGGGUGGGAAGCACGCACUACAAUUCCCGGCGUGCCGCGCGGUGCGGCCCGGAAGGACUCGUCAGCAGUCGGCGUUGGCCGGUGCUGCGGCAGCCGGCGAGCAGCGAUGGCCGGGCAGAUGGCGGUGCUGGGUUCGGCAAUUCUGGCUCUUCUGCUAGCUGGCUAUCUAGCACAACAGUAUUUACCGAUGCCCACACCAAAAGUAAUUGGGAUUGAUCUUGGCACAACUUACUGCUCUGUCGGUGUCUUUCUUCCUGGAACAGGGCAGGUGAAGGUUAUUGCAGAUGAAAACGGGCACAACAGCAUUCCAAGUAUAGUGUCUUUCACCGACAGAGAUGUAUACGUCGGAUAUGAUGGCCUAGAACUUGCUGAUGCAAAUCCUCAGAAUACUAUAUAUGAUGCAAAAAGAUUCAUUGGGAAAAUCUUCACUUCAGAAGAACUGAAGAGUGAAAGUAGCAGGUAUCCAUUUAAGAUUUUCAACAACGAUGGAUCAGCUGAAUUUUCUGUGACAACUAAUGAAACCUUUCGUGUCACUCCGGAGCAUAUUGGCUCUCAGCUGCUACUGAAAUUGAAGAGAAUGGCAGAAGACCAUCUUGGUAUGCCCAUUUCGAAGGCAGUCAUCUCUGUGCCAGCAGAGUUUGAUGAAAGGCAACGGAAUGCCACUGUUAAGGCUGCUAACCUUGCAGGGCUAGAAAUCUUGCGAGUAAUCAAUGAACCCACAGCUGCGGCUAUGGCUUACGGACUCCACAAAGCUGAUGUGUUUAAUGUCCUGGUGGUAGAUUUGGGUGGAGGAACUUUGGAUGUGUCUCUGCUGAACAAGCAGGGAGGGAUGUUCCUCACACGAGCCAUGGCAGGUAACAACAAACUUGGAGGACAAGAUUUUAAUCAGAGGUUGAUGCAGCAUUUAUAUGACCAACUCAAUCAAGUAUAUGGUUCUCUGCCAUCAAGAAAAGAAGAAAUACAUCGCCUCAGACAGGCUGUGGAAGCAGUUAAGUUAAAUUUGACUAUUCAUGAGGCAUCUACAUUAAGGGUGUCGUUGACCAUGCCACAAAGGAAGCUCACAAAAGAACUGCCUGAAAGUGAGGUAAAGCCACACACUGUUCCUAACAGCAAGCCUUCACAGAAAACAAAAGACUUGAAAAAUCUUGGAGAUGCUUCAGAUGGAGAAAACAACUUUGUCAAAGUUGUAUUUGAAAGAGAAAUUUCUAGGAAACUAUUUGAAAUGUUGAACGAGGACCUUUUUAAGAAAAUUCUUGUUCCCAUUGAACAGGUGUUGAAAGAAGGCCACCUACACAAAGAGGAAGUGGAUGAAAUUGUGUUAGUUGGGGGCUCUACCCGGAUUCCUAAAAUACGUGAAGUUAUUCGGGAUUUCUUUGGAAAGGAACCUAACACCUCCGUAGACCCUGAUCUAGCAGUUGUAAUGGGUGUAGCUAUCCAAGCAGGAAUUGUUGGUGGGUCCUGGCCUCUCCAAGUAAGCGCAGUAGAAAUUCCCAAUAAGCAUUUACGAAAGACUAAUUUUAAUUGAAGAUGAACUCUUUCCCAUUGCAUCCCAUCUCUCCAGAAGCAUACUCAGAUGGUGCAUACUUAUCUGACUGUCAGUGGAGCCUAACCUUAGCCAUAUAAUUUUUAUUUUUUUUUUGGUAAUCUGUUUGAGUUAAAUGUUAUCUUAAAGGUACAAGUGAUUUUUAAAGCUCUGAAGUUGUCUUUGAAGUCGUAUUUGCCUCUAGAUUGGAUACAGAAUGAAAAUCCUAAACAUGACACACUCAUAUUCUUUUGCUAAAUUUUAUUAGCAAAUCUGGAAGAGGUGUUUGUUUAAAAAUUAGAGAGUGUGACCAAAGUUUAGAAAUAAUACAGCAUUGUAGUAUGGAUGUUCCUGUGUCAAGUAUAAUUUAUUUGGAACAAUGUGAAGCAGUGUUAAUGCACAUAGCACUAGCAGUGUUCAGCUAAAAUUUAUUUAUUAAAAUGAGUCAUUUGAGCAUUUAAAAACCUUUCUAAAAGGCAUACUGCAGCUUGAAUGAGAUUUAUACAUUCACUUGAAUCUUCUGCUGUUCAUAACAGCAUAUUAGUUUUACGAAGACCAUGUGGCAAAUUACUGUCUCAUGUUUGAGUCAAAACAUAUUAAGAAAUUUAGCUCUUGGUAAUGUGGAGUUGCUUAGUGUGUCUACAAUGGCUAAAUUCCUGAAACAUUCUG